GAUCUUGGGAGCCAGGCGCUCGACCUCCAACACCAUCCAUCGGCGACUCUGGACAGAAGACUGGAAAAGACGAAGCCGCCUGCUGUGAUUCUCUGCGUUUGGAUAGAAAGAAGUGGCUAUGGAUGCAAGAUUCGUCGCUCCUAUCAACCCACUCGACUGUGUAUGAAGUGGAAUGGGCUCCAGUUCAUGGCUAUAUAAAACCCUAG